AUGCUUGGUGAUUGGAACGGUCAUGUGGGAAGCGUAAGAAAAGGAUACUGUGCGCAUGGAGGUUUUGGAGUUGGUGAUAUGAAUGCUGAAGGCGAGGCGAUAUUGGAGUUAGCAGCGAGUUGUGGGAUGGUGGUAGUGAAUACGUGGUUUAUAAAGGAAGAAAGCAAGCUUGUGACAUAUGAAUCUGGUGACAGUAGGACGGUGGUGGAUUAUAUACUGGUGAAUGAAGAAGAGAGGAAAAACGUGAAGGAUGCAAAAGUGAUUGCAGGAGAAGAAUGUGUGACCCAGCACAAGCUGCUGGUCAUGGACUGGAGAAUCAGGAAGGUGAAAAGGAGAAAGGUUGAGGGUAAAGGCAGGCUUAAGCUAUGGAAGUUACGAUCAAAUGAAGGGAAGCAGUGUUUCCGUGACGAAAUUGCGACAUUGAAUGUUGAGGGUGAGACGGUGGAGGAGCGAUGGACGUGCUUGGAGAAGGGUGUUUUAAAGGCAUGUUGUAGAAGUAAAGGCGGUGUAGUAGAAGAACAGGCAUGGUGGUGGGAUCAACGAGUCAGCGAAGUGAUUGGCGCGAAGAAGUUGGCAUUUAAAAGGUGGAGAAAGUCGCGGACUGAAGCAGAUAGGAUCGAUUACAUCCGAUUCAAGAAAAAGGCGCGAAAGGAGGUGGCUAAAGCGAAAGAAAGACAUCAGAAAGAGCUUCUCGUAAAAAUGCAGGAGAAUGGAAGGAAAGCGUUGUUUAGAACUGCUAGAAGGAGCAAGAAGGAGAGGAACGAUAUUUUGGGUGCUCCCGGCGUGCAGAACCACGAUGGGGAGUUGAAGGUGUUAUUGGAAGACAGGUUAGAAGUGUGGAGGGCGUACUGUGACCGUUUGAUGAAUGUAGAGAAUGAGUGGAAUGGAGAAGUUGAAGUGGAUGAAGUUUUUGGGCCGUGGGAAAUAGUGACUGUUGAUGAGGUGGCGGCGGCUCUGCGCAAGAUGAAGAAAGGAAAGGCGACGGGACCGAGUGAAGUGGGUAGCGAAAUGUUGGACAAUGAACUAUGCGUGAGAGAGUUGUGUAAUGUAGCGAACGAGGUUUUGAGGGGCUCAAAGAUGCCGAGUACAUGGAGAAAGAGUCUAGUGGUCCCGCUGUACAAAGGAAAAGGAGCAGCGACGGUAUGUGGGAAUUACAGGACUAUUAAGCUGAUGGAGCAUGCGUUGAAGAUAGUAGAGAGAGUGUUUGAAAGAAGGUUGAGGGAAGUUGUUCGGAUGGGGGAAGAGCAGUAUGGAUUCAUACCGGGGAGGAACGACGGAUGCGUGUUUUGUGAGGCAGCUGCAGGAGAAAUUUUGGAGAAGGACAGAGAAUUGUAUAUGGUGUUUGUAGAUUUGGAGAAGGCGUUUGAUAAAGUUCCGAGAAAGGUGAUCGAGUACGCGCUGCGUAAGAAAGGUGUGACAGAGAAUAUGGUUCGGGCAGUUAUGGAGACUUAUGAAGGUGUAGAGGCGGUGGUUACGGAGGAAGGUGCUAGAUCUGGUGUUUUUGAGGUAAAAGUUGGUGUUCAUCAAGGUUCAGUCUUGUCGCCGUUACUGUUUGCUUGUGUGAUGGAUGUACUGACAGAGGAAGUGAGAAGAAAAGAAGGAUGCUGGUGUUUGUUGUAUGCAGAUUACAUUGUCUUGGUGGCGGAGUCGAAGCAGAAAGUUCUGGAAUGGUACCGAGAAUGGAAAACGGCAAUAGAAGUCAAGGGACUGAAAGUGAAUGAGGCAAAGACGAAGGGCAUGAGAUGCUCGAGGCAGGUGGAGGUGAAGGACAGUGAUAAAUGGCCAUGUGGUGUGUGUGGGAAAAGAGUUGGAGUGAAUUCGAUAAUGUGUGGGAAAUGCGGUAAGUGGGUUCAUGGAAGAUGUUCAGGUGUCCGUGGUGCAUUGACAAGAGUAACUGAUUUUGAGUGCGGGACGUGUCGACGUGGUGGGCGAGUCGCGAUUGAACGGUUUGAACUGGGUGACGUGAGUUUGGAAGGUGUAUCGGAGUUUAAAUAUCUGGGCGAUGUGUUAAAUGAUGGUGGAGGGUGCGAGCAAGCGGUGAGGAACAGAGUUCAAGCAGCGUGGUGGAGAAUUGUCGAGGCAGAAUUGAUGUUUUGGGAUAAGCAGCGAAAGCAGAGGACCUGA